AUGUCAAUUACCCAUAUUGUUCUUUUUCAAUUCAAGGAAGGUGUUAGUCCUGAAGUUGUGAACGAUGUCUGCGAACGCAUGCUUGGUUUAAAAGACAAUUGUAUCCACCCUUCGUCCCAGAAGCCAUAUAUUAAAUCGUCGUCGGGUGGCCGGGAUAACUCGAUUGAAGGGGCCCAGUAUGAGAAUCCCUUGGCAGCUUUACUGAUCAGUGUUAUGAGAAAGAAUGGGAUUAGCCAUGCAUUUGUCGUGGAGUUCGCGAAUGCUGCAGAUAGAGACUUUUAUAUUGAGAAGGAUCCUGUGCAUCUGGCAUUUGUCCGCAGCCUUGAUGGAAUUAUUGAAAGGGCUCAGGUCAUUGACUACACGCCUGGAGUGCUCUAG